AUUGAAUAAUGGCUGCGGUAAACACCUAUGUAGAGGACUUCGAGAAAGAGUUAACUUGUUCCAUAUGUCACGAUAUAUUUACCGACCCCAAAACUCUUCCCUGUCUUCAUAGUUACUGUACACAAUGUAUUGCUCAGUGGUAUGCAAGAAGUGGGAAUCCAUUUAUCAAACAAAUGGAGUGUCCAAUGUGCAAGACGACGAUAGAUGUACCAGACGGCGAUCCUUCCAAGCUUCGUUCUUCAUUCUACCUCAAUUCUCUUCUUCCAUUACUUCAUGCCAUGAAAAGUGACGCCAACCAACCAAUAUUACCUGUCUGUGUCAGCUGCGAGCAACCUAAAGUCCUGGUUGCAUUUUGCCCACAGUGUGAAGGCUCCAUAUGUGAAGAAUGCAUCAAAACCCACGAGAGCAUCAAACAACUUCGAGAUAAUCAUCAACCGACGAUGUUUAAGGACUUUAAGCAAGAAAACGUUGCCAACUAUAUGAACAAAAAGAUAUUCUGCAAAGAAAAAUUUCACGAAGACAACAAGCUGGAAUACUUCUGCCAAGAAGAUAGUUGUAAACAAAGUGUGUGUCAAAAAUGUGCCACUUUGUAUCAUCAAAACCAUCGAAUGCAGAGCUUAGAGGGGGCUGCUCUAGAGGUUAAGAAAGGCUUACAGCAGGAUAUUGAUGGUGUUGAAGGAAAAAAAGAAAAAUACGAGCAAGAAUUAAAACAUUCCGAGCAAAACAAGGAGAGAAUUGGACAAGAGAUUGAGCUGGCUAAGAAAGAGGUUCGCCGUGCAGAAGAAAUGAUUUGCAAGACCGUUAGAGAUCACAGUACAGCGAUGAUCAGUGCUUUGGAUCAGACACUACAGGAACAAACUGCAGCAAAUGAUCAAGAACAAAGGGAUAUCAACAGUAACAUUCGAUUACUAUCAGAGCUGCAGCGUCAAUGGCAGACUUUAAAGGAAAGAGGAGUGCCAUACGAGAUAAUCGAAAGCAAGGAAGCGUUUCAAAUCAGAAGCCGUGUUUUAUUGGAAACACCUUCCGUCUUGCACAACAAGUCAAUACAGCGUGACAUUACAGUUUGUUACGUGACAAGUGAGCAAUUUCUUCAGUCGUUACAGAACAUCGGAAAAAUUGUGAAGAGCGUGACGGACCCUGCUCGGUGCACGAUUGAAUCAAUAAAGAAAGCUCCUCGCGGUUUUAUUAACAAGUGCAAAAUAAUCACCAGAAAUACAGAAGGAGAAGUGUCCCCCACAAGAAUCGAGUCUAUCGAUGUUAGAAUCAAAGAUGGGGAGGGCAACGAGGUGGAAAAGAAAGUAUCUGAAGAGCAAACUGGGAAAUACCGUGUGAGUUAUAAACCUCAGAAAAACGGGACGCACGAAAUACAGGUGAAAAUUGGAGGGGAACCGAUCUGCAACUCACCACAAAAAGUGAACAUACUAGAAGUUACGGAGACGCUUAAAUCUGAGAAAAUCUUCGGAGAAGGAAAUUAUAAUGGAGGACAGUUACAAUGCCCACGUUCGAUGGCAGUAAGUGAAGGCGAAGAGUUAGCUAUUGCUGAUCGCGGUAACGACCGAAUUCUGAUAUUCAGUCUUGAUGGAAACUACUUAAGGGUGUUUAACGAUGCAGGACUAUGUCAUCCAUUUGGAGCGUUCUUUAAUGAAGAAAGAAUAAUUGUCAGUGAUGGUACAGAUGGUGAAGGCAGGAUACAAGAGUUUGACUUGAACGGUACUUAUGUAAGAACCAUCUACAAACCUGACCAAUGGUUCGCACCGAGGGGAAUGUGUGUUAACGAUAAUAAAGACAUCGCAGUGUGCUGUCUGGGAAAACAAGAACUGGGUAUCAAACCAAGUAUCAAGGUGUUCAGUAAACAACGAAUAGACUUUGAUAUGCCUGAUAAUAGCGAACAGCCUCAGUACAUCACCUAUGGUAAUGAAAAAUACUUUGUAUCCUACUUGAACACAUACUAUGUUCGUGUUUUUGAUGUGAACGGAGUUUUCUUGUACAAGUUUGGGGGAAAAGGAGAAGGAGACGGUCAGUUUAACGGUGUACGUGGACUGGCUGUUUAUGGUCCAGACAUGAUUCUUGUCUGUGAUAGUGGCAAUCACCGUGUUCAACUUUUCACACAAGAAGGUCAGUUUAUAAGGUCAUUUGGUAGCCGUGGUACAGGUGUUGGUCAGAUGACGCAUCCUGUUGAUGUAGUGGUUACAGCUGGUGGUCGAGUGUGCGUGUUGGAAUGGAGUGGUAAUAGGGUUCAGAUAUGGUCCUAACGGUUUCCAUCUAGAUGAUUACAAACAUGGAAGAGGACACGAUCACCAAACAAGAACAUGAACUUCCAAGGUUUCACUACCACGAGCCUAGUGAUAAGUUUUACAUGACUAAUAAUCAAAGACUUUAAUUUUAAAGACUAGCUAGCGAGUAAACUAGUUCAAGUUGUCUCAAACUCAUUCUCGUACCCAGACCCUUCUCAGCGAAAGCGAAAGAUGGAGAGUCUCGGUACGAGAAUGUCUUGAACUAAAUAGAUUAGGGUUACGGUUACGGUUUAGCCCAAGGAGGAUCCAGGGCUAUCCCAAGUGCCUUUGCGUGCUUAUUACAAUUAUUUUAGUUUCUUGGCCUUAACUUUUUUUGGUUCUAACCGUUUUUUGGUUUUAACCAGUUUUUGUACAUUUUUUAAAUUAUACUACUAAUCCUAAUAAUACGAAUACCAAGGUAUUGUUUUAACAUUUUGAUGAAGACUUGUUUGAUUAAUUUGGCAAAUAAAAGUAGCCAGUUGUAGGGAUUCUACUGAACCAGUGUUUUGACAAGUACAGUUGCGUUUUCGCCUAAUAAGUAUUUUUUUUAUUAAUUUGUAAAAUACUCCAUUCUCAUCCAUACUCCAUUGAUUACAGACUCGUGUACUCAGGGUUAGCCUCAUUUCAGUAUCGACAAACCUACAAACCUUUCCACAGAUUUGUACAAUUUUUUUAGUUACUUUUUCACGUAUACACCUAUUUCGAAAAUCGUUGUCGCACCAAGAGCCUCAAGUAACAAGCCAAGACUCCAGAGAAC